GACAAUGAUCCGAUUUUUUAAACCUUCAUUAGAAACUCGUGCAAACCACACCCCACCCUUAGAAAAAUGGCCCGCGCGGCUCUAGCUCGGAACCCACUCGGCCCAUGGGUGGAGCACUCACUUAAAUGACGCCUCCUAUCGUGACUGUUUUAGGAGCCGCGAGGGCAUUUCCGGGAUGUUUAUAAACGGCUUCAUUCAAAUCAAAUGCAAUCUCGUAGUUCGCGCGUAGUUGAGGAAGAAUACGUUGCAUUUUUUUUUACUUGGCGUCUCGUUGCAGUUUCCCAGUCCCUACCUUUCCUUGAACCCUAAGAAUCUCUUGCCAUCUUAGAUCCACCACCUCUUCUCUUUUAUAUCAUUUCACUGUCACAAAUUUCAAGCUCUAAUGGCUGGAUCAAUUCUAUGAGAGUGGAAGCUCUGGUUGUCUAUUAUCUGAUCAAGAAAUAAACCAGAAAACCCUACAAUGUCACUAUGAAGUUUCACAGUACAAGUGACCUGCAUUCAUUUUGCUCCUUCCUCCUACUGCUACUGCUUCUGCGCUUUAACGUUUCCUCUUCUCUCCCGUGCAAAGAUACAAGGUGCAACACUGGCAAUUGCGACGAAGAUGGCAGCUGCAUCUGCAGGAUUCCCGUCCCUUCCACCAUUUUGGAUGGAGAUCGCCCAUUUUUAGGGGGGCAGUUUUGCGACGAGGUGCAGAUGAUGUGCGACGGAACAAAUUCGUUCUGGUGUGAGCACGGGGGCACAUGUGUGGAGCUUGUGCAUGGUGAGAAUUACAGCUGUCGCUGCCUCUCGGGGUUUGUAGGAGUGCAUUGUGAGCACACUGGGGCCCCUUGUGGGGAAAUAUUUUGCUUCCACCAUGCUGAGUGCCUUGUUGAGGGCAGUGUUUGUGAGUGCCCUCCUGAUUGGAAGGGCAGCUUCGACUGCUCGUUGCCUACAAAACAUGCUGCUUCAGUUGUCAACUCGACCCAUAGCAAUCCGCCUCAUGAAGAUAGAAAUGGAGAUGGAAAUUGGUAUGUGACAUUCAUAAUUGUAUGUUCCCUAGGAGCAAUUGCUGGGGCUGUUAUUGUGGCCAAGAAAUAUUACAAGAAGCCGGAAUCGAUGGCCCCCAAGUUCCAACAGCUCGCACAAGUGCAAAUACAAGGAUUCUUGGAUGAUGAUGAUGAGGAGGAGGAGAAUGAUUGCCUUAACCCCCAAGUUCCUCGCAAUGAUAAAUCACACCUUUAGCUUAGGAUCGUCAUUCCAAGUCCUAGUUUCCUCCUCCACAGCAUUGUUGAUGACCUGGCAUAGCUGUUGUAACCUUGAUAAAUUUCUUCUGUUAAUUGAAUGAGAAAUGCUUUAAGAGCGAUUUGAUCAGUGCCAAUCUGUUUUUAUGGGUCUCCCCACAUCAUUUGUUGUCACUAUUGAAUGAAUGAUUUUACA